CAGUAGCCGCUGAGAUGCUUGUCUUCAUUCAAGAUCCAGUCCUUUCUUGAUAAACCAUAUGAAGAGCUGUCACGUCUCCUUGUUGGAUUCAUCUCCAUCUUCGCUCUCCAAUCUCCUCAACUGAAUAAUUUAAAUUGGUCAUCUCCGAAGCACUCAGACGAGAAACGUAACAGCAAGUGAAAGGAUGCAGUUGAAAUAGGUCAUAUAAAGAUUGAGCACGAAAUGGCAUUUUAUACGACACUUCGUCUGAACAGCCAGGACAGAAGCUUCAAUGUUUUGAAAUAGCCAUCUCUAAUUUACAGCUGCUGACCAGAGGGAAUAGGUAACCAGUAAGCCCCACUCGCCACCUGCACGGAGUUGAAUGCCACUUUUAUAAAGUGCCCACAGCUGAAAGUGUGGAACUGGUAUUGAGGUCUCGAACCGUGGACCUUUCGAUACGCAGCGCGGCAAGCUAACUACUAAGCCACGCCGAUUCAUCUUUUUGGUACUUGAACUGAACUUCUGGAUAUGAAUAGUUUUCCAAAUAUAUAUCUCGGCGGUUUUUCUAUCUAAGAAUUCAAUCAUUACAACUUCAAGAACAAAUUUUACAGUGUUAUGGAGAAUGAAGGCUAAUACAAAGCUGAAGUACUGAAACAAGGACUGUGACAUUCUCGAUGGCAAGACAUCUUUAUGAAACGGCAUUCGACAGCAAAGUUCGACGUGAAGUAGAGGAUAUUGACGAGUUGGCUCAAAGUCCCGUGCUGUCAGAGUUCAGACGAAGAAGACACAGCUCUGGGCCAAGAUCAGGCUCCGCGCCGUCUUCCACCAGCGGAUCUUCUUCUAAUACACCAACCCACCAACCAUAUGUUAUAGCUAGGGAGUCGCCACGUAGGGUUCUUCGUCAGGCUCUUCCUCAGUUUUGUCCCACAGAAAAAAGAAAAGUGACUCUGGUGCGAGAUAGUCCCCGUUCUUCGCCUAUUCAUUCGCGUAACCAUAACACAGGUCCUCCUCCUGUAUGUGGACUAACGAAAGGAACAGAAUUUGAACUGAAGAAAUAUGGAAGGGAUUCUCCGUUUCUCGGGAAGAAAAACUGUGAGAAGGAAUCUUCCUUCACAGAAUCUGUUCCAGAAUAUUCGAAGAAAGCCAUUAACCCCCAAUGCCUAGUUUCUACAAGUAACAUGAUUCAAAAAGAGAAGUCUUUCAACAAAUUAGUGCCUGGAUCAGAUAGUCGAAUGUCAAGAAAAAUGCAACACUAUGAAAUUGGAAAACCUAAAUCAUUUGAGACACUUACAGGUUCUUUAGAUCGCAAAAACUUCAAAACAGAUAAAAAUAAUUUCACUUCUAAAUUAUUUGUUGAAAACGGUGCUUUUAUAGACAAUGCUCACGCAAACAAACCCGAUGUUUUUACUUCCAUAAAUCUAGAAAAUAAAAGGACAGACAGUGGUAAGAAAUUUUUGAAACGCUUUGAGAUGUGGGGCUCUCCAAAGCGUUCAAAUACAUCUGAUCAAGAAAAAUCUUUAUCAAAAUCCUUUAUUUCAGGUUUUAAAAAAGAUUCUUCAAUGUUUGACUCGAAGCAGUCAUUAAACAAUCCCCAGUUGUUUAUACGGUGCAAACACUUAGUCUCUCGAACUGACCAAAAUGGCUUAAAAGAUAUUUCAAAAACCAAUAUACCUUUUUCGGAAAAUAGUCAGCUCUCAAAGUCUGAACAAAAUGCACCAGAGAAAAACCAGCCGUUGAGGAGCAAUUCGCAAAAUGCAAGGUCCCCACAGGAUAAUCGGUUACUGUGGAAUGUAUCAGAACUAAAACUAAAAUCUGAUGAUCGAGAUCCCCUCAAGGAGAAUAAAACAACAGAUGAAAGUAAUAACUUAAUGCAAGGUAAAUACUGUCAACAACUAGAGAAGGGUGAGAAUACAAGUCAAGAUGAUUCUUUUGUAGGAAAAGAAGAUCAUGAACAUUUUAAAUCAGAUAAAGACGCAGAUAUUAAUGAAAAAACAGUCAUGAGGCCAAAAAGACCUGGAUCCCUUCCAAUUCCUAGCUUAGCAGGAGUAUUCCCGCCAAUGAAUAUAAGAACUCAUCAGACUCAGUCUCCUACCGAUAGCCCUAAAUUCCCAAAAACGGAUAACUCUGGUAACAAACCAUCCACGUCAAAAGAUUCAGGUGCACCAACUCGACCAACCCUGAAUCUAAGCCUAAACCUAAACAUUGCAAAUGCUCCUAAGCGAGCUCGUCAGCAACUGGUUUUUAGCUUUGGUUGCCCAAUACUGAGUGCUGUAGGUGAAACGAUUGAUCCAAAUAUUCCCCUGGAGAGGCAGGGGUGGUAUCACGGAUCCAUAAGCAGAAUAGAUGCGGAAAAACUUUUGAGGAGUUUGAAAGAAGGAAGUUAUCUUGUCCGAAACAGCAAAAGCUCAAAAGGAAAAUUCUCCUUAUCUCUCAAGAGUGCCAAGGGCUUCAUGCACAUGAAGAUAGUACACAGUGACGAGAAGUUUAUUCUAGGUCAAUUCGGGAGGUCGUUCGAUAGCGUACCAGAGAUGGUUCAUCAUUACUCCGUGAACACGCUGCCUAUCAAAGGGGCCGAACACAUGUCUCUUCUUCACCCCGUCAUCGACCAGCUCCUGUAGACAAAGGAAAGCUAAGGUUGUAACACCAGAAAUGACGACGUGGAAAAGUUAGAGCAAGCUCUCGUCUUGAGUAACUGUCACCAGUUCAGCCUUGUCAAACAGAUUCUAGUUAGUAGAACAUACUUGAAACGGGCUUUCAGCUCAAGUUUCUUUUUACUGUCUAGAAACGCUGUAAAUUUUGUUUUCCCCGUUGUAUAACACUGUGCAGUACGAUCCUUAACUUCUUGUACAUAAUGUGCAUUAUGUCCCUACCCCAUGUUGAAUAACUCUUUGCGUUAUAUCCCUCAACAUGUUAUAUAACAUUAUACUUUAUGUUUCUCCACCUGUUGUAUAACGCUACGCAUUAUGUCCCUCCCUCUGUUGUAUAACACUAUACGUUAUGUUCCUCCACUUGUUGUAUAACGCUACGCAUUAUGUCCCUCCCUCUGUUGUAUAACACUAUACGUUAUGUUCCUCCACCUGUUGUAUGUCCCUCUUUCAUGUUGUAUAGUACUAAGAGUUAUGUCCCUCCAGGGGUUAUGGUUCUCUCUCUCUCUCUCCCAUGCUGCAUAACGCUGUGCGUUAUGUCUCUUCCCCUCGUUAGAAAAUACUUUGCGUUAUAUCUCUUCUCCCCAUAUUGUAGACUACUAUUCAUUAUGUCCCUCUCUCAAUGUUAUAUACGUAAAGACAAGGCGCAUUUUCUCAACAAUAGUCCCAAGCUGGAUAAAUAGGGCAAUUUGUACGAAAACUAACUCAGAUGGUACAUGUUGUUUCCUAAAUUGAAAAACAAACUAUGGCUUAAACUAAUUUUUGUUAAGAAACUGAAACAGUUUAUUCAUUUUAUAAGUUUCUGUUGGAAAACAAUUUUACACAUCGUACUAAAGCAGCCCUCACAGUUACAAGAAAAAAAGUUAUAUUUUACAUGAAAUGCACUUGUUUAUUAUCCAAAGAUUCGUUUAUAGAAUGUGAUGAUACCUUAGUAAAACGUAUCAUUCACGUAUGACGUAGAAGAAGAAGUAAACUUGCAGUUUUUGGUGUGUAAUAAUGCUCAUUCAUGUAUAUAUAAGAACUUUAGAUUCCUAAAGAAAGUGUCGAAACUAUCAAUGUUAAAGCACUACGUGUAAUUUAAAGUACCGCAUUAACAACAAGUUUGGGUUUUUCUCCCAGACAAACAUAGACAUACACACACAUAUGGGUGUUUCGUUGUGAAACAAUAGUUUAUAUAUUUUAUGAUUUUAAAGUCUAACUUAUAAAUUUGAUCGUGUUUCAAUCUUCCAGAAAAAUCAAUAACAUAACAGAUACUUUGUAACAUUGAAACUAGCUUUAAAAAGGCAGACAAAAUAUUGUGAGCAGUGGAUUGGUUGGUAUGCUGACCGUCUUUCAGUUGAUUAAUUAUAAACCACUUGCGUACGAUAGAUGAUUUCGACAAAAACAUAAGACAGAAAGAAAAUAAUUUACGAAAACAAAGCUGGUAUACGUUCAUUCUCAUCAUGCUCAACUUUUAUUACUAACAUUUUUGAAAAUAUAUAUUGCUACAUAUUAACAACAAUGUAUCAUUAAGAUAUGUGCGGAACAAAAAAACAUAUAGGAUGAUAGCUAAUCGAAGUUAAUAAAGUUAUGAAUAAAAAUAAACAAUACAAAUUAACCACACCUUCAAAAAAGAUUUUUCACUAAUGAUUUUGUGGUUAAAGGAAUUAAAAGUGUAUACGGUAUAUCUAUUAAAUUACAUUACCCGCUAAUUGGGCAAAAUGAGAUACUGAACUUUUCAUUUUCAUCCUUCGUGUAAUAUUUCGAAUAAAUAAAUAACAUUACGAAAUUGUAAAACAUAUCUAGGUGUUUUGAAUGUAAAAAUGAUUGACAACAAUGUUUCUUUUUUGAUCCUUAAAAAUAUGAAUUUAAUUAAUUUAUAAAGAGGGCUUUACUCUUAAGGACUAUAAGUAGUAUAUAUAUUUAUUUCUAUCGACACACACACACACACAUAUAUAUAUAUAUUGUUGUUAAUUCGAUACAUUUCCUGUAAACAUACCAUAAAAUUCUAUGGUUAAGUAUUCUUGUUAAAAACGUUAAGUUUUUAUUUGAACUUGCUUGGUAGUAAAGAUUGAUACUUUUAAACGUUUGUUUCUCUUCAAUAGAAGAAAAAUAUGGUAAAGGCAGAAAUGCUGUUACAAAAAUUAUAGAAUUAUUAAAGGAAGAAAUGAUUUUUAUUAAUAAUAAAUAUAUGUUUUUCCAGAUUAUUUCUGAAAUGAUGAUUCUCUGCUAAGAAAAGAGAAUUAAUGUAAAUUAAGAAUAUUUUGAAUUUCUUUCUUUCACCGAAAGCAUUUUUGCUAAAUGUAUUAUUAACCAGUUAAAGAUAUUGCCCGUGUCAACUUAGUUAUUUUAGAAAAAAUCAGAAUGUUAUUUAAGACAAGUUAGGCCUUACCUAGUGGUUGGCUUGCCUGGAAUAUGAAUCCAAGGAUACGUGAUUCGUAAUUCGUUGCCGCAAAGACGCACUUUGUACUUUGGGGCCGUGGAUGCAUUAUAAGAGUGAUGAUAAAAACCCCACUAUCUAACCAGACAGGGGUAGCACAAGACUAUGGAGGUUGAUGAUGGCGACUAGCUAUCCCACUAUCUAACCAGACAAGAGUAGCACAAGACUAUGAAGGUUGAUGAUGGUGUCUAGCUAUUCUACUGUCCAACCAGACAGGGGUAGCACAAGACUAUGGAGGUUGAUGAUGGUGUCUAGCUAUUCUACUGUCCAACCAGACAAGAGUAGCACAAGGCUAUGGAGGUUCAUGAUGGUGUCUAGCUAUUCUACUGUCCAACCAGACAGGGGUAGCACAAGACUAUGGAGGUUGAUGAUGGUGUCUAGCUAUUCUACUGUCCAACCAGACAAGAGUAGCACAAGGCUAUGGAGGUUCAUGGUGGUGACUAGCUAUCCCACUAUCUAACCAGGCAAGAGUAGCAUAAGACUAUGGAGGUUGAUGAUGGCGACUAUUUAUCCCACUAUCUAACCAGACAAGAGUAGCACAAGACUAUGGAGGUUGAUGAUGGUGACUAGCUAUUCUACGGUCCAACCAGACAAGAGUAGCACAAGACUAUGGAGGUUGAUGAUGGCGACUAUCUAUCCCACUAUCUAACCAGACAAGAGUAGCACAAGACUAUGGAGGUUGAUGAUGGUGACUAGCUAUUCUACUGUCCAACCAGACAAGAGUAGCACAAGACUAUGGAGGUUGAUGAUGGUGACUAGCUAUCCCACUAUCUAACCAGACAAGAGUUAGCACAAGACUAUGGAGGUUGAUGAUGGUGACUAGCUAUUCUACUGUCCAACCAGACAGGGAUAGCACAAGACUAUGGAGGUUGAUGAUGGCGACUAGCUAUUCCACUAUCUAAUCAGACAAGAGUAGCACAAGACUAUGGAGGUUGAUGAUGGUGACUAGCUAUCCCACUAUCUAACCAGACAAGAGUAGCACAAUACUAUAGAGGCUGAUGAUGGCGAUGAGCUAUCCCACUAUCUAACCCGACAGGGGUAGCACAAGACUAUGGAGGUUGAUGAUGGCGACUAGCUAUCCCACUAUCUAACCCGACAGGGGUAGCACAAAACUAUGGAGGUUGAUGAUGGUGUCUAGCUAUUCUACUGUCCAACCAGACAAGAGUAGCACAAGGCUAUGGAGGUUCAUGGUGGUGACUAGCUAUCCCACUAUCUAACCAGGCAAGAGUAGCAUAAGACAAUGGAGGUUGAUGAUGGUGACUAGCUAUCCCACUAUCUAACCCGACAGGGGUAGCACAAGACUAUGGAGGUUGAUGAUGGUGUCUAGCUAUUCUACUGUCCAACCAGACAGGGGUAGCACAAGACUAUGGAGGUUGAUGAUGGCGACUAGCUAUCCCACUAUCUAACCAGACAAGAGUAGCAUAAGACUAUGGAGGUUGAUGAUGGAGACUAGCUGCCUUCUUUCUAGUUCAUCAACUUCAAAUUAGGGACGGCUAUGCACAUGUAGGUCCUAGUGUCGUUUUGCACGAACAUCUGAAACAAAUAAACAGUAAUUAAAAAGUGUGCAUCAUAAGGAAUUAUCUAAAUCUUUAUAGUUUCGAAGCACUGUUCAAACCUGAUGAUAUGUUUAUAUAGAUUUUAAGUAUAAUAAUCAAUUUCAAAUAAUAUGGAUAUGCUUAUAGUUCAGGCUAACGUUAGCCUUUAAGUCUAGAUCGUGUAAGAGUUAUAUAUAUAUAUAUAUAUAUAUAUAUAUUGUUUAUUCAGUCAAGCUUUUAUCUGUCAAGCUAUUUUCUUCCAAUUACCCAAAUCGCCCAUUAUAUAAUUUCAUUCUUGUACGUAGUUUAAGGAGUUUAUAUAAUAUUUUCACUUACGAUUAUAAGUUUCCCCACCAAGGAAAAAUUAUUUUACACUUAGAAAGGCUAUCAACUUCUAUAAAAAUAAAAUAAAAAGUACCGUGUGCUCUGAAGUUUGAAUUGAAUAGCUUUACUGAAAAUUUAAAAUUAUUUUUCUCCUUCUAUUCCCCUUUGUCGAGUAAAGUUGUCUUAUAAUACGCAAGUAACAUUUAUUAUGGAACCAGCGAGUUAUGGAAAAGUAAGAUUAAAUUUUAGUUAAAUUAUCUCUUUUGCGAGUUUUAAGGUGAUUUAAAUAUUUUAAUAAGCAUCUAGUAACAUUCAUUUAGUGUAUAAUUAAAGUUGGAAGGCUAACCAAAUACAUCCCCAAAGAAAUUACACAUGAAAUCAUGUAUAACAACGAACUUAGUAAUUUCGUUAAACAAAUUUAAAAAAUCCAAAUUACAAAACUGGCAUAUUUAAUGACAUAAAUUAAACACUUCCAAGAAAUGAAAAAACCCGUUUUAUGUACUGGAAGUAUCGAUUUAUAUUUUGCUUCACUCUAAGUACUGUAAAAUAAAUAGAUGUUUAAGUUUGCAUAACGUACUUGGGAAAUGUUACUCAAUCCAGAAUUCGUUGAAAAUAUUUCUUGCUCAAAACUUGAAAUUCACAAGGGACACGGAAGAACAUGGCACAAACAAUUUGCAGUCAAACGUAAUUCUAAUCAAAAUUGUAGGACCAAAAAAACAUUAUUUUUUUUAAAAUAUAAAUUAAUGAUUAUAAAUUUUCUCGACAUAUCAAUAUAAAUGCAGUUUGAAAACGCAUGCUUCUUCAUGUUACUGAAGUGAAUAUUGUAUGAGUAAAUCAUGGCAUGUUGUAGACGAUCUCAGUAUUGUGCAAAAAGAAAUACUUACUAGUUAUGUAUCUUCUGUUAUAUCUGUGUUUCAAACAGGUUGCUUUCAGUAAGGACCAUUUAUGUACUUCUUUUUCAUUUUUCAAUAUUUUUAUACUAUUCAUUGUAUUGAAAUAUUAGAUAACUUAUCCUUUGAUAAAUACUUGAUUGAUUUCAACAGCUAUUAGGUUUCAAAACAUACAGAGUCAUUUCUGUGCAUACAGAAAUAAAACACACACACAAAAUAUUAACUUUUGCUUAUUUCUACAUAUCUUAAAUAAUUAAAUAGUUCCGGUUGUUGGAAAUAAAAGUCCUUACAUUAAAGCACUCGUAGCUAUGGUAACAGUGAAAUUAUAUAAAGCUGGUGAAAGAGAGACAAACGUGUGUUUGACAGGUCUUACGCUGAUAACACUCUUUUUCAUGUAAGCGGCGCAAGGUGUAGUCUGCCGUGCAUAGCGGUGAAUCCUCGACACACCAGCUUCGCGUGUCAGGCUUAUAACUAGGCACAGUGGAUCUAAGGCAUACAAGAGUAAGUACCAGGAAGAAACAAACUGUAAGGUGUUUCUUAGGGAGUAACUUAGAAACUGUAAAUUCAGAUUACCUUUUCUAUACGUAAAAUCUAUGUAAAUACAACAAUGUAUUAUUUAUAAUGUUUUUACGUAUUAAUGACUGAUUCAUCUCUAUACAACGCUUUGUACCUCUCUAUUUCGGUGGACCAGGCGUUGCUCAGUGGUUGGGUUAACCUGUCUGUGAAUUAGGUACUUCAAGAUUUGCGUCCUGUUUGUUAUUAAAAUACGAUCCUCACUUUGGUACCAUGAGUGAGUUAUAAGAGUGACGGGAAAGUCCCGAUUCACUUUUCGGAUAGACAAGAGUAGGUCAAGAGUUGGCUGUAGGUUCUAUUGACUACCUUCUUUCUAGUCCGGUAGUCCAAAUUAAGGACGGCUAUGCAUAAACAGACCUUUUGUAGUUUUGCGCGAAUAUUGUAAUCAAGCAAUCUAUUUCGGCAUUCUUAAAAAAAUUCAAAACAUAUAGAACAAUUAUGAAAACAACGAAAAAUAAAUCAUUCAAGUUUGGUAUACGUAAUGCAAUACUGUUGCUAAAAUAUUAGUUGUAAAACGUACAGCAUAAGAAAAUCAUAAUAUAAAUCCUAUUCAGACCUUUUGGAAUGACUACACAAAAUCUCCCGUAACUAGCUGGUAAAUAAUGACCAGCAAUUAUCCUGUAACACAAAACUAGCUGCAGACGUGUUUUUUUUUCAAAAUCAAUAAAAAGUUGUAACUAAACUUCUCUUUAAUUUGUAUUUCCUAUAAUGAAUUACGACGAUUCUUUCACUUCUGUAUAAGGAAAUAUUCGUAGUAGAUUAAGAACCAAGUGAAGUGGUCUACAGGUUUGUUCUUUAUAUCAAUUUAUGAAGUGCUAGGUAGAAGAACAGGACGUUAUUUACUCAUUAAACACUAGAAUUGUUGAACCUCGGAUUUUAGCCUUGUAAAGCAUUAAUACACAGAAAUUAUAGCUCUGUAUAAUAUGUAUUUGUAUUUUACACGCUGCUUUGCGUAUAACUUACUUUUGAAAAAUACGUUUUGUGAGUGUGCACUAGUAUGACCGAAUGUAUAGUUUUCGGAAUGUAUAUAAUGACAAAAACCAUACUAAGAAAAAAUAAAUAAACCAAACGACUGUGUUCGUGAAAGUAAAACUUAUGUCUCAAAUCAUACAAGAUUAAUAGAGUAUUUUUUUGUUUUUAUAAUUGGUCCAAGUUUGUGUAUGAAGGGAUUGUACGUCAUUAAUAAGGGUUUUAUAAUGGUUUUACAUGAUUGAUAAGGGCUUCACAAUGGGUCCAAAUUUGUGUAGUAUGGGGGUUUAAGUGAUUAAUAAGAGAUUCCUUUAAAACGGGUCGAAGUUUGUGUACUAGGGGGUUUUACGAGAUGAAUAAGUCCAAGUUUGUGUACAAAUGGUUUUUAAAUGAUUAAUCAGGGCGUCAUAAUGGUUCCAAGUUUGUGUAGUGAGGGGAUUUAUGUGAUUAAUAUGGGGUUUCUUUAUAAGAGGUCGAAGUUUAUGUAUUAAGAGGUUUUACGUGAUUAACAAGGGCCUUAUAACGAGUCCAAGUUUGAGUAUUAUGGUUUUUUAUUGGCAUUUAACGCUCGGAAAGGUCUAUAGAUAUUAUUUUGAAUUGUUUUAAUAAUGUGUAAUAACUAUCUAGAAAUCGUUGAUUCUAUAUAAAUUCGAUAUAUGUAAGAAACACCUGAAAAUGUACCACGUGACCAAGUUAUUAUGAAAAUUGGUUCUUUCUAAAAGUAUGUUUUAGUCAUAAUGUGUGCUCUAAAAUGAAUAUACUUCCAGUCAGUAUAUAAAAUGUUGAUUUUUUCUUUGAAGCUAUAAAAAAAUUGAGAUGAUUCAUUACCCGAAGAGUCGUAGCUGUGUGAGAUCUCACUUCACUAAGUUAGUUAAAGUGUGGUAUGACUCGUUUCAAUAAGGUAUCUGAAGAGCUGUAUGGCUCAAUAAGUUAGCUGAAGAGUCGUAGCUGUGUGAGAUCUCACUUCACUAAGUUAUUUAAAGUCUGGUAUAACUCGUUUCAAUAAGAUAUCUGAAGAGCUGCAUGACCCAAUAAGUUAGCUGAAGAGUUGUAGUUGUAUGAGAUCUAACUUCAGUGAGUUAUUUAAAGUUUUGUAUGACUCGUUCCAAUAAGGAAUCUGAAGAGCUCUAUGAUUCACUAAGUUAGCUGAAGAGUUGUAUGACUCUCUUUAAUAAGAUAUUUGAAGAGUUGUAUGAGGUCUCGCUUCAAUAAGUUACCCGAAGAGUCUAAACUUCAGAUAUCUCAAUAUAAUAUGAAUUGAGAAUUAUCAGAGCUUUUGUAAGGGACUUAAUCGGAGGUUUAUAUAUAUCAAAAUAAUUAGCAAAUCUGUAUUUGUAGGGCAUAUGAAACUUUUAUGGUAAACAACAUUUCGUAAUUUAUGUUAAGGUAAUCUUUAGGUCGUUACACAGAGUCCGAAACAUUGUGUAUCUAGGUUAUUUGGAAACUUGAUUAAAUGGAACGCAAUUUUUUGUUUUGAGUUCAUUAAGGAAUUUCUACAUUUUCAGUAAAGUUGAAGAAAGAUACAUUUCCUGUAAGGUUAAGUUCACUUGUUAAAAUUUCUGUCAUUGCUAAAGUAUUUGAAAGGUUAUUAUAUAAUUAUAGUUCGUUAAUUUACUUGGAACUCUAAUGAUGAAGAAGUGAUAAAAAACAAGCAUCUAAACAGUUAAAAUUAACUUCUUGAAACUGAGUUUCCAAGGUGAGAUGAAACUAUUUUAUUUUAAACGCCGAGAUCAUAUAAACAAAUACAUACAUGUGAAACGGAAAAUCACUGACGUGGCUGGUUAUAAGUAGUUCUAGAAUGCACUUUCCAAAUAAAUAUGGUAGAUAUAAAAAAUGUUUGUAUUAAACUUCUAGACAUACGAUAAAAACUGAUUACUUAACAAGGACACACCAGAUAUUAAAGUUUACACUCACACAUGUUAUUUCAAAGGCUACUUAAUAUACUACAGAAAUAUAUAUGUACAUGUGUAUCACUUAAACAUGAUGUCAAUGAAUACGAAGAAAAGUCAGAUUUAAUUAAUUAUUAUUAGAUAAAGUUUUACGUUAUUGUUGACAGAAGACAUAUAAAUACGCCUUGGGAAACAUUACUGACAAUUACAAAUGCCAGCCAGUUAUUUAAUAUUAUAUAGGGGGUUAUGCUUAUUGGAGUGUAAAUAAAAUAUGUUUGAGGCAGUGGGAAACAAGGUCUUCCUUUGAGAUGCGUAUAACAUUAAUAAUCACUUGUUAACAGUGCUGCGGUAUUUAUUUUAGCUGGUGUCGCAGUUUAUUCUGGUUAAUAGCGUUAUAUAUGAGUUAAACAUAUAAACGAGCACCAAUUAAUGAUAACCUGUUUUCUAUGAUCAGAGAUGAAUGCUAAUUACUGAAAGACGAACUUUGAACCAGCAUUAAGCUUCAUGAUCAGCGAAAGAAGAAAGUUAAUCUCGCAUAAUUCGCGAACAAGAGUGAAAUGUCCUUGUUUCUGCUUACACGUCAACUGAGUGCAAGAUGCGUUGGACUUAUGGAAAUAUUUGUACAAUUAUCAUUUCCACUGACUUAUUAACAUAUGCUUGUGUGUAUAUAUUGUCAUAUCAUUCAUCCUUGACUGUUGUUCUUGAGCAUUCACCAGCUUAACAUUUGGUGGUGUUACUGGUAGGGCUGAGAGUAUCGCACUCAAGCAUCUAAAAUCUAAUCUAAAGUUUCUGCUAGGUUUAAUUAAAGAUCAGUAUUGUGCAUAACCAGUGAACCCUAGUAAAAUUUGUUUGGGUCUGCAUUUCUACAUGACUGCAUCUCUCUACGAUGGGCGAUAUUUAUAUAUAUAUAGAGAGAAAAUGGGGCGGCCGUAACUACCACACAAUGGCAAGACUAUAACCCAUUAAUCUUCAAUGUUCCCUGUACUUACGUAUAAAGAGAUAGACAACUGGUUGAAGCUGUCAUCAUCUUUGUCACUAUACAAUUUGCUUAUCUAAUUAAUGCACGCAUCCUAUUAUGAAUUUAAAUAACACUGAAAUAAUCUCUACCUUUCUGAUUAUGCGUUGUUCUUUUAUUGAAAUUUGAAACAUUUCGUGAAAGAAAUAAUAUAUUCACCUUAGAAACAUGGAAGCAACGUUUUCAUGACAGCAUUGCAAACGGAGCUAUAAGAAACAUGCAAGCAACGCCUCCAUGAUAACAUUGAAAGGUGAGCUUUAUAAAACAUGAUAACAAAGUUUCCAUAAUGUCACUUAAACUGACCUAUCAACAGAGUAAAGUAUUGAAGGUUAUGUAUCCAAAAAACAUAACAAUAUUACAUUUUCGCAAAUAUCGGGGUAGUGACAACUGUUUAACGUAAGGUUUGGUUGAAUUAGGCGAAAACUUGUUUCAAGACGAACUACGUAUUUAAAUAACAUGUUUUUUUUUAAUCUGUCUGUUAUCAAUUUAAGUUACUAAAAACGUGUUUCAUCACACAGUCAAGUUUAAUUAAUUAUGAUUUUGUUGCUUUUACUUAAAUAACUACAUAUUUUCUGAUCAAUUAGGGAAAUAACGUCGGCAUUCCAGAUUUUCAUUAAUUAUAAGCAGCUUUAGACGUUUACAUAAUUUGAUAUAUUUUCUCUCAUACCUUUAUUGGAUUAUGGAUUAUUUUCUGCAUGUACCUUUGGUUUAUACAAACAAUCCUAACAAUUCAUUAGAAAGUGUUAUUCCUUUAAAGUCUUUUAAAUAUACCCAAAACAGAAGAAAUACUACAUUUUAGACAUUCAGUAUUUAAUGAACUUUCGUGAUGCUACGGAGAGUCUUUUUACUCAGAUUACAUUAGUGAACGAUCUGGAACUACUAAAGUUAAUCAUAAUUCCCUUUUUCGCAUACUCUGUUCAAUAGAACUGUAACACGUUUCCUACAAGUUUCCUAACUCAUUAAUUCAAGACAGCCCCCUGUUGUUUCAAAAGAAAGUGCACAUAAUCUUCCUAUCAUAAAUCAAUUUUGAACUCGUGACCAAUGUUACAGUGUUGCUAAGUUGGCUACAAGUCAAGUUUAAGUUUCUGCCGUUUAGAAAAAUAAUGCAAAUCUUUAAAACACCACUCAGUAAAUAAACAUUUCAAAUAAAGACAGAAGAGGGAACUAAAAUUGUGAGAGGUGCUUUGAGCUGUAUUUCUGUAUAGUGUUUUCAGUGUCCUCACUGUUUAAUAACACAAAAGCUGUUAGCCUCUUAACCUUAGCUCCUUGGAGCAGAUCAAGUUACUAUCAUUAUAUAUAUAUAUAGGUGUGUGUGCAUGUAUUUAUACAUAAUUUCUAAAAGCUACAUGCAUUUCUUGAUUUUGUUUUUAUAAAAGAAAUUACGACAUUUAAUUUAUUUCUUAGGAUUUCUGAAUAACAUUCGUUUGUGUUUUUAAUUUAAAUAAUUUAGUAAAGCCUAUAAUUUAAUCAGAACUGUUACAUGAGACUUAAACCGCACGUGUACACGUGACUGUUCUUUCUCGUUUGUUUGUUUUUUAAUUUAGUUCUGAUGUUAAUCUAAUAAUUUGAUUGUUUCUAAUUUAAAAUAACAAUUUAUUGUUAUCAGAAUGCUAACACCUGAAAGUCAAUGCUUGACUUUGUUUACUUUAUUUUGUCUCUAUGGUUAAUUUCGUUUGUUGCUAUUGAACUUUCAGACAAGUAUAUUGGAAUACCAAAGACUUCUAGAGGUUUGAGCUUGAUUAAACAAUGUAUCGUGUACCUUCGCUAAAGCCAUAUAAUUUCUUUUAGUCAAAAACUGAGGAUUCCUUCUUAAGAAAAAAUAGAAAUCUGAUUACAGCUAACAAAUAUAUUCUGGAAAAUCAAUGUUCUAGUAUCAAAAUAACUCCAACAGAGGUCGUGCUUUUUGUUAUAAAAUGUGAUCUCCUUAAUUGAGGACUUUUAUUGUUUUAUCUGUUCUCUUGACUUUAUUUUAAUUUUUUUUUGUAUUUUGUAAAGUAAACGUUGAAGGCGUUUUCGUUAAAAUAUGCCUUCUAUUCCAAUAAAUAAUAUUUUCGAGUUAAUCUGCGUUAAGUAAAAUAUUUUCAGGUUUGGGCCCCGUAAAUUAAGUAGACUCCAGUGUACCAUUUUUAUUAAGUUGAUUUAUUGGGACAUUUAAUAGGUUAAACAUAGAAAAUUAAUUAAAUUUAACACUCCAUUUCCCCGUUUCUUAACUUUGGUGUGCCACAAAUGUGAUAUAAAUAACUUCGUUGAUUAUUCCAGAUGAGGUAGUUAUAUUUUAGUUAAUAUGAAUGUUAUCCAUAUGAAGCAGAUAAUGUUAGUGUUAUAUAUGUAGCUAUAAGGAUGUAUAUUGGAUAGACAUUUAUUUAACUGUACAUAGAUAUACAUGAUCUCGGAAGCUUUCAGGAUACUUGUGUGUAUUUGUAGUUUACUGGAAUUAAACUAUAUGGAGUAUUC